UCCCUAAUACUAUACAUGGUGACAGAAAACUUUGAACCGCUCUGUGACGAUUCUACAUCAGAACACACUCCCUCCUCGUCUUCAACUCUCCAUCAGGCAACAAAUGAAGGCGUCUCACCUGUCUACCUGGCCACUGAGCUAAUUAGUGACUCUCAGGUAAUGGCAGAAACCACCGUCAACAUGUACCACAACAAUACCACCGUCCAGCAACAGCACCAGGAGGAUGCUGCCGCAGCUCACCUUGCCAUUGUGAACGACGUCGCCUACCGCUACCUCAUGCCCAUCUUCAUCACAGCAGGUAUCUUGACCAACCUACUGAAUGUAGUGAUGCUGGGAAGGAUGAGGCAUCAUCAGCAGCAACGUCAAGCCCAGGCCACCACCUUCUGCUACCUCAUGUGGCUCGCCCUCACUGACAUGCUCGCCUCAAUUGCCCUCGUCCCCGCCCUUGUCCACGUCGACCGUACUCACCUCUCAUAUGGCUGGGCGUUUUACUACGCCCACCUGGAGCUGCCCACCCUGAACAGCCUGACAAGUGCCAGUGUGUACAUCGUGGUGGGGCUCUCCGUGGACCGCUACAUCGCCGUGUGCCAUCCCCGACGCUACCAGGAUGUGAGCGCCCCCCGUCUGGCAGUCAUCCGCAUCACUCUGUCCCUCUUGGUGCCUGCACUGAUCUACAUCCCACACAGCUUCUACCUGGAGGUAGUGUCAGGCGAAGGGGGUGUUGGUUGGACCUACGAGGGGGUGGAGAUGGCCACCCCUGGGGCCUGGCACGCUUGGGAGGUUGUGGUGGAGCUGUGUCACCGCAUGGCUCCUGCCAUCCUACUUGUCCUCCUCAACUGCAGCAUCAUCUACACCUUCAAGAAGGUCACAGCACGACGCAAGAACAUAGUCACUAAAAACGACUCCGUCAACAACUCAUCCAGCAAUGCCAGCAAGAAGAGUGAGGAGGGCGGCAAGAGUCAGCAGGAGCGGCGACUAAUUUACCUGCUGGUCACCAUCGUGGCCACCUUCCUGCUCACCAACCUGCCCGCCACCGUCCUAGCUCUAAUAGACACCGCUGGCGCCACCCAUGGCUCCUUCUCCCUUGAGGUGUAUCGCGCCGUGGCCAACUGCCUGGAGGUGCUGAGCUUCUCCCUGAACUUCGUUUUGUAUUUCAUCUUCGUACCCGGGGUCCGCCAGGGGCUGCAGGAGGCGGUGAAGGCGGUGCGCGUGACCCUCUGUGGCCUGGUGGUCAACACCGUGCCAUCCCAAAGCUGCUUCAUCUCCGAGAACAACACCAAGAAUACCGACUCUACCGAGGUGUAGGAUACAUAGACCUGUAGGAUACAUGGACCUGUAGGAUACAUGGACCUGUAGGUUUCAUGGACUUGUAGGAUACAGGGACCUGUGGGAUACAUGGACAUGUAGGAUACCUGGACCAAGAGUGUAUCAUGGUAUAGGAUACUCAUUUGCGAGUGUGAGUGUGUGUGUGUGUGUGUGUGUGUGUGUGUGUGUGUGUGUGUGUGUGCCUAAAAAACCAACCUG